AUGGUUGAAGAAGUCAACAACAACAGCGCUUCAUCCCAUUUUUCCAGUAUCACAGUAUCUCCUCCAUUGAGUGAAGAAAAGUUUCCUCCAAAGAACCCAUCCAUCGACUCCAAUAGUUCUGCUACCUCAAGUGUGUCAACUGCUUCUAAGAACUCUAGUACCUCAACAGAUCAAGCGUAUCAAUCAGACGUUUCCAAUCGCUCAAAAUCAUCAUCAACAAGCUCAAACUCAACAAAUACAAAUACUAGACCACAAAGAUCUAGAUCUAUUCAACAGAAUGACUCUGCCAUUCCAGGAAGAGGAAGACAAUAUAUUAAUAUCCCAAACACAUCACAUCAACAUAAUGGUAGAUCGCCAUUAAGAUCAUCCCAGGAUAACACAGCUAAAUUAAAUGCCACAAGGGCAGGUGCAGCGGCAGCAGGAUCUUCAUCCCAAAGUUCAUUAUACAAUCAAAGUCAAAGACGUGGAUCAAUCGCAAGCGUUAGUGAUUCCAUUGACUUUUCCACUAGUUCAGGAAAUCCAUACACACUGACUGGAAAUUCAAGUUCUGUUAGUACUUUAAAUAAUCAUGGUACUAGAGGUUCAAUUGGUCAUUCAUCGGCUAGCUCACCAAAGAAUAGCUUUUCCUCAAAUUUCUCAAGUGGUGGUCCAUUAAGCGAUAAUUCUAGUGGAUCAUUAAGUCAAAGACGCUAUAGUGAUAAUAGUUAUAGAAGACCUAGCACUGAAGAAGUAUUUGAUCAAAUGGAACGUGAACAAGAUAGCAUUGUGUUAAGAUUAACAAAAGAAAUUCAAUAUUUGAAAGAAGAAAAUAGAUCCUUACGUCAAACUAUCAAUCAAUUAUCCGCAAAUUCAGGUCGUUCAUCAUCAAGAUCCCAAUCAAGAUCCCAGUCGAGAUCAAGUAUUGACUCAAGAAGAAGAAGAAAUUCCACAGUUUUCCCAGAUGAUGACUUGAUGUCAGUAAGUUCCAAUUCCAUAAGUAAUACCCCAAGAUCAUCUAAUUACUCUUCUUUACCCCAAUCCAAUACUUCUUCAAGGAAACCAAGUAUAAACUUUAUAGCUGGCGGGAGUACAAAUAGUUAUGAUGCAUCAAAGUAUCCAUCGUUGACAGGUCCACAUUAUGAGUCUUUAAGAUCCAAUACUUCUACAAUCAACAUUCCAAAUGGAAGUGAUGUAGAAGAUCAAGAAUAG